CUGGGGCAGUCGCGGCGGGGUCCUCGCUGAGGUGACAUUCGGAGCCCGGCAGCGGCAAGAUGGCGCAGGGGUUCAUGCAGCGCCUCGCUGCCCGUGGGCCGCAGCUCAUCAAUGCCGCCGUGGCCUACUCGAAACCGCGCUUGGCCACUUUCUGGUACUACGCCAAGGUGGAGCUGGCUCCCCCGACCCCCGCCGAGAUCCCCCGGGCUAUCGACAGCUUGAAGGGCAUGGUCAGGAGCUUCCAGACCGGCCGCCUGGCCCAGCUAACUGUCAGGGAAGCGCUGAGAAAUGGUCUGGUGGCCACCGAGGUGUUGAUGUGGUUUUACAUCGGGGAGAUCAUAGGCAAAGGUGGCCUGAUCGGGUAUAAUGUUUGAAGGCUGCUCCUCCACACGACCAUCUGCAGUGCCACGUCUGUAGCAGGGAUUUGUGACAAUAAAACUGGGAACCCAUGU